AGUCCGCGGGCUCGGUUGCGGCGGCGGGGCCGGGGAUGCAGCUCCCGGCGGGGCCGGGCGCCCUGGCCGCCCCCCUGCUCUCCAUCCCCGUGGCCUUCGGCGUCACCGGCGCCACCGCCCUGGCGGACAACCCCCCGCUGCUGGUGCUGACGGUGCUGCUGGUGCUCAUCGGCCUCUGCUCCAUCAUCCUCUUGGUCAGCGGCCUGAGCCACUUCCAGGACCCCCUUUUCUGUGUGUUCGUGGUGCUCUCCUUCGUCUCCGCCAUCGACCUCAUCAUCGCCCUGGAGGAGGAUGGGUUCGUUUCUGGCUUCAUGGAGGUCUAUGUCAGAGAGGGCGAGCCCUACCUGCGCACGGCCCACGGGAUCAUGAUCUGUUACUGGGAUGGCAUCGUCCACUACGGGCUCUACCUCACCAUGAUCGCGGCCAUCGGCCACAGGAAGAACUACAGGAGCCUGGGGCUCUUUUGGCUGGGCUCGCUGAUGAUGAGCAUCGUGGUGUUCCUGCUCGGGAACAUGAUUGGGAAAUACAGCUCCGAGCUCAGCCCUUCCUUCCUGCUCAACCUGCCCUACGUCCUCCUCCUGCUCUGGGCAGGGGUGAGGCUGUUCCAGCAGCCCAGGGAGCUGCUGUGCCUCAGCCCCGAGAAGGUGGCAGAGGAGCAAGGCAAACCCCUGUACCGGCGGCCCCAGGACGUGGCCCUGGUCGUGGUGCUGCUGCUCAUGGCCUCCUUCACCUUCUUCAGGGGGAUGGUGGUUCUGGACUGUCCUGCUGACUCGUGCUUCGAGUACAUCUACCAGCACGAGCCGUACCUGCGCGACCCCGUCGCCUACCCCAAAGUGCAGAUGCUGAUCUACAUGUUCUACGCCCUGCCCUUCUUCCUCCUCUGCAUCUACGGGCUGGUGCUGCCUGGCUGCUCCUGGCUGCCCGACUGGAGCCUGGUGUUUGCUGGGGCCGUGGCACAGGCUCAGUUCUCCCACCUGGGCUCGUCGCUGCACGCCCGGACCCCCUUCCCCUACCAGACCCCCGACGACGUCCUGUGGAGCUUCCUCCUCACCAACAUCCUCUACGCGCUGGGCCCGCAGCUCCUGGUGCUCCGCUGCCUGCGCUGCCCCGCCUUUUUCCUGCCUCCCGCUCCUGCCGCCCUGCUCCGGGCAAAGAAACACCAGUGACGGGGUCCUGCCCGCCCCGGGGGGCUGCUGUGCCCACCCUGGGGGCUGCUGUGCCCACCCUGAGGGCUGCUGUGCCCACCCUGGGGCUGCUGCCCAACGACCCCGGUCCUGCUCCAAGAGCCACAGAGCGGUGGGUCCCGGCUGCCAGAGGUGCCCCCAGGGGUGCUCUGGUGGUCCCCCCGGUGUCCCAAAAGGCCAUGGGGGUCCUCAGGAUGCUCUGAGGGGAGGUGGGUGCAGCCACAGCCCUGCCCUCACCCAGGGGGGUCUCAGUGGUGGGGGUGUCCCCUCCCGGCGGGUCCCGGGGGGCCGUGGGUGCCCCUGGAAGGACUCGGGGUGGGGGCAGUGCCAGGGGAACACUGUUUACAAAAUAAAGGAGCGAAGGUUCGUUCCGGAGCUG